AUGUACGGCUUAGGUUCAAAGCAUUUAUGGGCGUGGUGCUACUGUGCUCUUAUCUGGUCAAACCGAGCUAGCGCGAGCAGGUCGGGAACGAACUUAGGUGUAACCCCGGGCUGUAGCAAGACCAAUCGAGCAAAGAGAGUGAAAAUCCAAAAGCAAGGGAACAAAAAGGUAUCUUUUACUGCUCUAGCUCCAGACAACUCCGGCCUAAUUACUCGCUUAAAGGACCUGCUGCUGGUAGACAAUCUCAAUGAGCACACCUGGAUAGAGUGCAGCAAUCCAGCCGCUCAAUCGUCCUGGAUUCUUAAGUUGGAUCCCACAACGGCGCCAUGUUAUAUACCCGGCAAUGCUCUUAGAACUAUCUCACUGUUGAAGUGCAGCAGCGAGGAAGACUGCAACCAAUGGUACAACGACCUGCAGGUUAUGAAGGCGAUUGCCAGCCCAACGCCCCUACACCUUAUAGGGCUAUCUAUGAACUAUACAUCCGCCAGAAUCAAAUUGCUGUUGUUGCUGCUACGCAUUCUAGAGGCUCCUAGUCUUACCAUCGACUGGGCCGACUAUGCCUCAAAUCUCGACAAGCCUCUUUCAUUGCAUAUCUUUUUGCCCUUACUAGAAGACAUUCCAGCCAAAAUGAAGACGCGUGAGACUGUGUUUUUUAUCUUCUUAUCACCCAACCCCAAAAGUUGGAAGCUCUUAUUUGAUCUGAUUCGGGCGAACUAUAACAUCAAAGCGGUAGACAGAAGGGGGGGUGGACUUUUACAGCCAGUAUAA